GUCCUGCAUUAGUUGGCCAAAGUCUGCCAUGUCCGACGUACGUGCUCUCCUCAAGGCCAAGCGACAAGAGGCCAGAGUCGUCCAUCCUCUAGCGUCCUAUACCUCCUCGGGUCAGCUGAGGUGCAUAGCCUGUGCCACCAUCGUCAAGCAGGCUUGGAACGGACAUGUGGGCAGCAAAUCCCAUCGGACAAAUGUUGCCCGACUCAGGGAAGAGGAACGCGCCAGGGACGCCCAGGCGAAGCGCAAGGCAUCUGACGAGCAAGAGGAUCAGCAAGACUUAAAAAAAGCCAGGCUAGAAAGCUCACCUCCUCCUGCGACUGGCUUCCCAACAGAUUUCUUCUCUGAUCCAACCAAAGCUCCUCCGUUACAAGCCGACAUCUUUGAAGACGACGAGUCGGCCGAACACAAACAGCCAGACGUCAUAGACCUCGAAUGGCAACAAUUCCAGCAAGCCGUCCUCAAUCCUCCCGAGACACACGAAACCUACGAACGCGCUACGAUCAUUGCCGAGCCCGUUCCCAAUCCUGAGCUUCCAACAGGUUUCCCACCACUCGCCUCUGCCGCGGAACCCGCACCUGAACCAGAGCUAGACGAAGAGGCAUUGAGGAGGAAGAGGGAGCAGGACGAUCGAGAGAUCAUCAUGGAUCGCUUGUUGGAAGAGGAGAGGUUGCAGGAGGAGGCUGAUGCAAAGGUGACGAUGCUCAAGACCAGGCUAGACAUGAUCAAGAAGAGGCGCGAAGCAGCCAAGGCCAAAAGAACUUCCUAGCCUAUAUUCUUCGCUGUAUAUUACUUUCGGCCAGUCCACGCCCUGCUUAUGGAACAUCAUCAGCCCCAGUAUCACCGGCAGAUACCACAAACAAUGGUAAAACAACUUUCUCGCUUCCUUUUCCCCCGUGCUCCUCCAAAACGUCCACGCCGCCUGCGUACAAACGACAUUCGGCACCAAGCUCGUCAACGCAAACGCCCAUGUGGUCAAUCCACUCAGGGGUACCAAUACCGAACAAAUCGGUAUCAGCAAGAGAGAAUGGCGAAGGGAGACGAGCGCAUUUUUUGAAGGAGAGAGCGUAGAGAGCAUAUGGUACCCUGCUUGAGCAUAAGACCCUCGGAGGAGAUGCGAGAGCGCGUUGAAAUGAGGAAACUGCCAGCUGUAGAGUAGCAUGAAUAGAGCAAAGGCCGCAAGUGGGUUAUCUAUCCAUGCGAGGUCUAUUGGCACAUC